CCUCCAUUGAUAAAAUCCACUGAGUCUCCGCCAAUUCUUAGAAGAAAGACCAGCUGCAAAUACACAAGCAACGGCGUCCAAGUUCAUACAAAAAAUAAUUGAACACAGAGCUGUGAGAGUCCCGACUACUUAGUCACGUCAUUCGAUUGGUAUUAAAAAAUCACAGUGCUUUACUGGAACUAUCAGUCGAAAUGCUGAACACCCCGUCAGAUGGCGAGCUGACUCUGGCGGUCUUGGGCUGCGGCACCAUGGGGAUCGCCAUCCUGUCCGGCAUCCUCACCUCCCUCCAGGACAUGGCGGCAAGUGGAGUGUUGUCUGCAUCCGCGUCCGGGACGUCGACUCCGGUCCACCCCGAGGUCCCCGACCGCCUUCCCAGCCGGUUCAUCGCCUGCGUGCGGCGUCCCGAGAGCGCCAAGAAGGUCAAGGUGGCGCUAGCGGAGCACUUGUCCGUCGUAAAGGUCGUGCAGAAUGACAACCUCGCCUCGGCCCGGCAGGCCGGCGUCGUGAUCCUGGCCUGCAAGCCCCAGAUGAUCGGCGACCUGUUGAGCAAGCCCGGCAUCGCCGAGGCCCUGCGCGGCAAGCUCCUCAUCAGCAUCUGCGCCGGCGUCACCGUGCCCCAGAUCGAGGGUCACCUGGAGCAGGCCCUGGGGUCCAAGGACGUCGAGAACCCCUGCCGCGUCGUGCGCGCCAUGCCCAACACGGCAUCCAUGAUCCGCGAGAGUAUGACCGUCGUGGCCACGACAGAGCCGCCACUGCCGCCUCAGGUUUCCAGCCUGGUGACGUGGAUCUUCAAGCGCAUCGGAGAUGUCGUCUACCUCCCGGCGAGCACUAUGGAUGCGUCAACCGCGCUUUGCGGUUCCGGUCCAGCCUUCUUUGCCCUGAUGUUGGAGGCGGCUGUCGAUGGCGCCGUGGCCAUGGGCUUGCCUCGAGCUGAGGCUUUGAGGAUGGCCGCCCAGACCAUGAAGGGAACCGCCGCUUUGGUACAGCAUGGAGACCACCCUGCCCUGCUCAGGGACAAAGUCAGCACACCGGGAGGUUGCACCAUUGGUGGACUGCUCGUACUCGAGGAAGGUAUCGUCAGGGGUACGGUUGCGAGGGCGGUUAGGGAGGCUACAGUUGUAGCCAGUCAGCUCGGCCAAGGUGUGCAAGGAGUGAACGGGACGCGACCUAUGCGACACUGAGCAAACAAGGGAAGACGAUGGUGAGCAACAUGCAUGCGGAUAUUGUAGCAAUGAGAUUUCCUAGGUAGCAUGAAUGGCAGUGUGACCUGCGAUUUCGCCCAUA